AUGUGUGCCCCCCCCCCCCCCCACACACACACACACAUUGCAGGAACAGAGGCAGAAGAGUGUGAGGAAGGCCAGUUUCAGUGCAAUAACAGAAGGUGUAUACCGACCAUAUGGAGGUGCGAUGACGAUGACGACUGCUCAGACAACAGCGACGAGGAAAACUGUGGUAAGAAGACGUGUGCCCCGGCAGAGUUUGCCUGUGCCAACGGCCAGUGUGUACCAGGCCGCUGGCGCUGUGAUGGGGAACCAGAGUGUCCCGACGGCUCGGAUGAGGCAGACGCCACAUGCAGCAAACAGACGUGUCCUCCGGAGAAGUUUGGCUGUGGCGGCUCCACCAACAAGUGUGUCUCGUUGUCGUGGCGAUGCGAUGGCGAGCGGGACUGCGAGAACGGGGCGGACGAGGAGGACUGCGCCGCCGGCAACAAAGCCUGCCCGAAAAGCCAGUUCCAGUGUGCCAACCGCAAGUGCCUGGCACCUGUCUACGUGUGCGACGGUGAUGACGACUGCGGCGACGGCUCUGACGAACUCAAAUGCUCCGACCGCCACUCGCCAACGAACACCUGCAGCCUGCACGAGUUCCGCUGCAACACCUCGGAGUGCGUGCCCGUCAUGUGGAGCUGUGACGGCGACCCCGACUGCCCCGACGGCUCUGACGAGUGGCCGGAGCGUUGCGGCCGUGAAGGUUCACAUCCACGACGCAGGGUGAACUGUACGAUGGAGGAGUUCCGGUGCGCCAACGGGGAGUGUGUGAGGCUGCCGUGGAAAUGUGACGGCGAUCCGGACUGCAAGGAUAAGUCAGACGAGGCAGAAUGUCCCCUACUGACGUGCAGGCCAGAUGAGUUCCAGUGUGGUGACGGCUCCUGUAUCCACGGUACCAAGCAGUGUAACAAGGUCCACGACUGUCCUGACCAGAGUGACGAGGGUGGCUGUGUCAACGCCACUAAGUGUGAGGGUCCCUUGAAGUUCCUGUGUAAGAACGGAGAGUGUAUCGACAGCGCCAAGGUGUGUGACAACGUCAAGGACUGCAAGGACCGUUCUGAUGAGCCCAAGAAGGAGUGUGGGCUCAAUGAGUGCUCACUCAACAACGGCGGCUGUUCUCACAUCUGCCAGGAUCGACCAAUAGGCUACGAGUGCCAGUGUCCCACCGGGUACAAGCUACUGGACAAGAGGACGUGUGGAGACAUUGAUGAGUGUGAGAACCCCAACGCCUGCAGCCAGAUCUGCAUCAACUACAAGGGAGACUUCAAGUGUGAAUGUUACCAAGGCUAUGAGAUGGACCCCGUCACCAAGACCUGUAAAGCAGAAGGGAAGUCUCCCUACCUGCUGUUCACCAACCGCCAGGAGAUCCGUCGUGUAGACCCGGUGAAGAGGGACUACCGCCAGGUGCUUGCCACCCAGAAGAAUGCUGUGGCGCUGGACGUAGAUGUGGCUAAUAACCGUCUGUUCUGGUGUGACCGCUUCCACCGUAACAUCUACAGUGCUCUGAUCCCAGAGGCGGGCGACCCGUCCCAGCAGGUGACCCUGGUGGACUCUGGCUCUCUCCUCUCCCCCGAGGGCCUGGCCCUGGACUGGGUCCAACACAACCUCUACUGGACCGACUCGGGCCACAAGACCGUCUCGGUGGCCUCGGCCUACGACGGCCUCAAGAGGAGGGUCCUGGUGGACACGGAGCUCAGCGAGCCCAGAGCCAUAGCGCUGGAUCCACAGCAUGGGUUCAUGUACUGGACUGACUGGGGCACCCGGGCCAAGAUAGAGAAGGCAGGGAUGAACGGGGUGGACCGACAAGUCCUGGUGUCAGACAACAUCGAGUGGCCCAACGGCAUCACCCUGGACGUAGCCAACAGGCGUCUUUACUGGGUAGACUCCAAGCUGCACCUGAUCUCCAGUGUGGACUUGAACGGGGCUCAUCGCAGGACACACCUGUCCUCCUCAGAGAGACUGGGACACCCCUACGCACUGGCCGUGUUCGAGGACCGUAUCUACUGGACAGACCGGGAGAGAGAGGCGGUGUACAGCGCUAACAGGCUAACUGGCCAGGACAUCAGCACAGUGGCCGAGCACCUCAAAGACCCUCACGACAUAGUGGUCUUCCACCCGCUCCGCCAGCAACCAGGCCCAGACAGCUGUAACCUGGGCAGUGAGGACAACGGUGGCUGUGAGUACCUGUGUCUCAAAGCCCCCCAGAUCACAGAGCACUCCCCCAAAUACACCUGCGCCUGCCCCACAGGACAGGACCUGGGCCCCGAAAUGCGUGCCUGCAUGCCAGCAAAUGAGACUACUACCACAUCACCGCCUGUGGCCAUCACCACGACCGCCAACGACAAGGACUCCCCUCGCACUUCUGGGUCGUCCCAGGCAGACGCCGGGGUGCCCCACCUCAUUCCAGCCCCCUCCAGCACCCCAGAGCCUCCCCCUAGCUCAAAAUCUGGGGUGGAGGAGAAGGAAGGCCGGGGUUUGGAUCCCACUGCUGCCAACAAAAUCAUGGUCACCUCCACCACAGUAGGCUUCGUCGUCAAGGAGGACAGCAACCUCUCCCACCACUCUGGAAGUGAGCAUUUCCUCCUGGGUGAGAACCUGACAGUGGCAGUUCUGGGAGUAGUGAUCCCCAUAGUUCCUAUUGUUGCCACAGUGAUCUUCGGCCUGCUCUGCACCGGCGUCUACCUGGUUUGGCGGAACUAUCGCCAGAACGCCACCAAGAGCAUGAAUUUCGACAACCCUGUCUACCGCAAGACCACGGGCGAGGGCGAGGAGGAUGAGAUUCACAUCGGCCGGACGGAUGGCAUCAUGGGCGGCCACCACGGGCACCACCCGUACCCGGCCGGAGUGGGGUGUGGCGUAGUCGGCGGGGGCGGAAAUACAUGCCCACAGUUCAUUGCGCUGCCACUGGGUGGCAGUAUGCCCGAUCCGGGAACUCAUUGGUACACGGAGCAGCCUAUGCUGUCUACUACGGCGAAAUGA